UUCUCCAAAAUGUGCAAUUCAAAUCAAGAAUAUUACUUGAAGCUGGAAGAGUUGAAGAAUGCCCACUUGGAGACCAUGGCAAAAUUAGAAAGCAUGUAUCGGAAUAAACUGUAUUUAAAAGUACAACCCUCAGACAAGAAAAAUGCUGCUUCUAACACGUGCUGUAGGCCAACUUGGGAGAAGAGCUCAUAUCAGCCUCUAAAUUUACACAAAUCCUUUUCAGACUCUGACUUGAGUGAUCUCUUAGGCUCCAGUAUAUCUGAUGGGUCUGACAGAGAACUAGCAUUUGAAGAAAACAGCAGUGAAACUGGAUCUUCAUCUGCAUUUGCUAAAGAACGGAUUGAAAAAAUGUGGGACGGGUUCUCCGUGGAAGACUACAUCUCCCGCACCAAACACAGCUUACCGAGCUCACCAGCCUUCAGAACGAUACAGAAGAAACAGAAAGCAUGGUCACCAAAAGUUACUGUCCCCAAGCCUUUCCAGAUGACUAUCAGAGAAGCUCGAAAAAAAGAGCAGAACAUCAAAUCGAAGUCACAGAUUGAAAUGGAAAAUAGCUUAAUGAAGAAGCAACUAGAGGAAGAAGCAGAGUGUCAGAAAAAAUUCCGAGCCAAUCCAGUGCCCGCUGCCAUCUUCCUUCCGCUCUACCAUGACAUUGUGCAACGGAACGAAGAGCGCAGGAGGUCCGUGAAAGAGAGAAGCAAGCUCAAGCUCUUGGCUUCUCAGAAGCCAUUUAAAUUCAUUGAGCGAGAGAAGCAAAGGAAUGAAAUGAGGAAAAUGCAAUUAAGAGAUCUCUCCACACCUGAAAAGAAAACAGAACUGUUCAAAGCAAAGCCAAUUCCUAAAUGUGUUUAUAGUCCAGCUGUUAGUGACAAACUGAAGGAGGAAGAGCUCUACAGAGAAAUCCGGAUCAGAAUGAGAGCGGAAGAGUUGCUGCGUAACUCAUCGCUACCCAACAGCAGACUGGCUUUAACAAAUACCGCUAAAAAGAAGAAACACAAGUGCACUGAACCGAAGGAAAAAGAACAUAAACCCAAGAUCAAAUCGAGCGUUCCGGAUUUUGAAGUGCUACACCAGAAAUUUCAGAAACGGCUCCUGCAACGAAAACAAGUGAAGCACCUCACAGUCUGUGAACCUUUUGAUCUUCGUACUCCGUAUAUUCCCUCGAGUAAAGGGAAGAUUUUGAAGGACAUUCAAGAUGAUGAAGAGAAGCUGAAAGAAACACGCUGGCCCUACGCCUCUCCAAGGCGUAAACCUCAAAUGAGACAUUCAAGUGCGCAUUCACAUCUCUCAGGAUUUGGAGCAUCUAAAUCGCCAAAAAUCACGGAAUUUUUUUUCUAAAAGCCAUAAGCCUUAGUUUAUUUUUCCAAUAGGAAUUCACUUGAGGAAAAGAGAAAGCUGGAAGAACAACAAAAAAGGAGCAGAACAAAGCAGAAACAAAGAACGAAAAAACUUCAGAAAAUUGUAACAGCUCGGGCUGAGGCCAAUGACCCACAUCAGAGCCUAGCUCAGGUGUCUAAGUCCAAAUUAAAAACAUUCAGGAAUUAUGAGAAGCAGAGAAUGCAAGAAUAUUUGCAAGAGCUGCAUGAAAUGGAAGAAAGAGUAAAACAAAGGCCACUGCUUUUUGAAAGAGUCGCUCAGAAAAACGCCCGAAUAGCUGCAGAAAAGCAUUAUUCUAACAGACUGAGAGCUCUGGGGAUAUGCCCAGAAUUUGUUUCAAAGAAAGGACAAACAACUAAAUUGCUACAAUGCUCCAGUGCUGAAGAUUUUAAUAACUUCACUAAUGCCAGAGAAAGUGUCAUCAAGGAUCAAGUGAAAGAAAGGGAAUCCUUUGAGGAAGCAGCUGGGAACAGUCCUCAGUCUGAGCCAUGGUGUGAAGAGGAGGGAGAGAAGAGCAAAGACAUCGCUACCUCCCCCCGAGAUGGACAGUCCAGUGAGCCAGAGGAUGAGGAAGAGGCAUCUUCUGCUCACCAGCCUUGCCAUGCAGGGGAGGUUGGGUCCAGCCCCUCUGACCAGCACCAUGAAGAAGAGGUGGAGGACGAAGAGGAAGAGAAGGAGGAGGAAGAGGAAGCAAAGGCAAGCCAGUCACUUGAACAUUCCCAGGAGGAGGAAGAGGAUCAGUCAAGACCCAGCUCGCGUUCUGACCAGUCCUGCAAGCGUGAAGAGGAAGGUCUGUCUGACCCUGAAGCUGAGGGGGCCUAUAGAUACGAGGAUGAAGAAUAUGAAGAUGAUGAUUCAGAAGAGAAAGCCAGUGAUGAGGAAGGUGACUGA